GUCCUGAGCAUCUACGCGGACUUGGGCAUCACCGGCUUUGCCCUGCCGCCGCCUUUGGAGAACAUGCUCGAAGGUAAUGAGAUGAGAGAUAUGAUCGCGAAGGCCAUCAUGGAAGGUGCGAUGACGGCACACAUCCCUUGGGACUGUUUGCUUGGUUUCUCCAGUUUCGAAAGCUACGUUGGAGAUCUGCUGGGGGAUGCCAUCGCUGCUCUGGGCUUCCCUUGGCAGCUGCAGUUGGUUGAGCUACUAAGCUCGGACAAGCUCUUUUGCGAGGAGCCUUGGAAGACAGACGGCUUCGACGAGUUUCCAUGUGCCAAGGAAAUAGGCUGCCAGGGCUCUGGCGUUUCGAGCCUGCCGGAGGACGGCGUCAUGCAGGUGCCAGCAGAACUCUCGACGACUACCACGACCACUCCAUUCGCUGCAUUCUGCUCCUCCCCCAGGAUUGCUUUUGGAGAUCGAUUCAUCGAGCUCUACGAUUUCCGCAUUGCCCAGCACGAUGAUGACCGGCUCACGAUCACGCACAAGGAGAGUGCCAGCGUGCUCAUGAUGUUCGACAAAGCAUGGAGCCGCGCCAACGAGUAUGCGGAUGAAAAUAGCAAAGCACACUACAAGACCGAGGUUUGGGAGAGGCCCACAGGAGCCGAAUACGUGAAAGGCAGCAUCAAGAUGGGGUUCCAGUUCAUCCAAAUUGGAAACUUCCGCUUGGGUGCCGACGACUGGCACAUGGACCCCUCGACCCCGGGCGUCCUUCGCGAGUGGAAGCACGACCGCACCAUCAGGGACCGUGCAGAGGGGCCUCCCGCGGGCAUCAUCCUCGGAUGGCGGUUUCUUCAAAUCGGCAAGUUCCGCAUUUCGGCGGAUUAUCGUCAACUUGCGAUUAUGAACCCCGAUGAUUCCCACCCGAAGAAGAUCAUUGAGUACUUUGACAAAGACGGUACUCAUAAAAGGGACUACGACGACGAAUGGCUUCGCACUGCGUUCAUGGACGACCGUCCCUUUCGAUGGCCUUGCCGCAGCGCUGCCGACUUGGCCUUUGGGCCCUGCGAUCCGAGCUUUGUGGCCUGGGGCGACCGCUUCGUCCAGCUCGGCGAUUUUCGUCUGGCGGCCAUGGAUGAAAACCACUUCAGCGUCUCGUCCAGGGAUGGCUGGACGGCACAAAUCUUCAAAAGCGAUGGAACCUUACACCCAGGACCCCGAAGAGACUGGGGUUCAUGGGAUCGGCCGGUCGGGUUCCCUCACGGCAUUACCUUCGGGCGAAACUUCCUGCAAAUUGGAUUGUUUGACUUUGCAGACGUGGAUGGCAUGCACCUCACCAUCUCCCACAUUAAUGGGAAUACUCCGCAGCUUUUCAAGUAUGACGGAAACACCUAUCCCCAUCAAUCGUCGCGAGACUUCAGCAGCUGGCACCGGGAAGAAAUGGUUGCCGGGCCCGCAACCGGCGUCCGAUAUGGGAAAGACUUCCUGGAAAUCGGCAAGUUCCGAAUCGGAGCCGUGCGAUACGAAUCCACAACGGGACAAUGGGAUCAUCUCGUGGUCAGCCAUGGAACCCAGACGAUCCAAGUCUACAGAGACGAUGGUCUGAGAUUUGGGGCAGUUGCUUGGGCGGGCAAGGUGCUGGCCGAGCGGCCCACACAAUCGCACUGCGGAGCCAUCCAGGUCGUGAACGCGGACGGCACAAACGAAGCAGACGUAGGGAACCAGGACCCAUUUGGCCAGGUCGGCCAGAACACCCGGAUAGACUGGAACGCCUGGAACCACGAGUUCGAGCCUCGGGAAGUUCCCAAGCCCUUUGUUUCUUUUGGGGACAACUUCAUCGAGUUGCGGGAAUACUCCAUUCUGGCAUUUUCGCGUGACGGAGUGCACGGUCACCUUAGCUUCGGCGGCGUCUUUAGUGGUCCACAUGCGCGCAUUCACGGUGCGCCAAAAGGCAUCACUUUCGGCGAUCGCUUCAUCCAAAUCGGAAAAUUUAGAAUCGGAGAUGUGGAUGGAAAAAGGCUCUCCGUGGCACAUGUGGGCGACGAAAGCGGCACGGACAAGACCAUCGCCGUCUACCAAGAUGAUGGCAACCGGGUGUUAUCACCACCUGGAGCAACAAACACCACAGUGGGCCGGCCUUUAACACCGUGCAAGGUCACCGAGCUCCACUGA